GUGCGAUCGCCGAGUAAGCUCGAGUAUUGUGAGCAAGUGUUAUACAUUUUGGUGGCUUGGAGAUAUUGUCUAAGAAGCUGACAAACUUGGGUUAUAAAGCACGAGGCUUUCGUCUGCUCAAACGGAAAGACACGGAACGUUUCCUGAACUUGAACUUGACCUUUGUCCUACAACGACCUUUGAUAUUCUGUCCUUUGGCGUGUGCAUACCAUGUCUUUCAUACGCGCCGCUACCGUAGCACGGUCUUUGGCUGCAAACGCUCGCCGGUAUUCCGCUGAAGCUGCAGCGCCCAAAAAAUCGUCCAAACUUCCUCUGUAUUUUGGUGGUGCUGGAAUUGUUGGUCUCGGUGCCUACGUUUAUCUCGGAGGCAGUGAACCCAAAGUAGCGAAGAAAGUGCAGGAGACAAGCCCUCUUGAUCCACAGAAAUUCGUGGACUUCAAGCUCAAGAAGGUCGAACCGUACAACCACAAUACAGCGAAAUUCAUCUUUGAGCUUCCUGAUGGCCAAGCCUCUUUGCUUCCCGUGGCUUCGUGUCUCUAUGUCAAGGCUGCUGACCCCGACGCUCUGAAGGAUGACAAAGGCAAGCCUAUAUACCGCCCAUAUACCCCCAUCUCGCACCCAGACCAGGAGGGAGAACUUACCCUUCUCGUGAAGAAGUACGAGACCGGCAAUGCGUCGAAAUACUUCUUCACCUUGAAGCCUGGAGACAAGAUGUCCUUCAAAGGUCCUCUUCCGAAAUGGCCUUAUAAGAUAAAUGAAUUUGAGGAGGUUGGGUUGAUUGGUGGAGGAAGCGGAAUCACGCCUUUAUACCAAGUUCUUGCUCAUGCACUUGCUGACAACACCAACAAGACGAAGUUCAAGUUGCUUUUCGCCAAUGUCACGGAACAGGAUAUCCUUCUUCGCGAGGAAUUCGACGCACUGAAGAAAAAGCACCCUAAUAACUUCGAUGUCGUUUAUGUUCUUGACAAACCCCCUGCUAACUGGAAAGGCCCCAGCGGUUUUAUUACUGCAGACCUCAUUAAGCAGCACAUUGCACCUCCGUCGUUGGGAGACAAAGUAAAGAUCUUUAUCUGUGGUCCUCCCCCACAAGUUGCUGCGAUAUCUGGAAACAAGACCGGUAUCAAAUCGCAAGGGCCAUUGACUGGGGCUUUGAAGGAGCUGGGCUACAACGAGGACCAGGUCUUCAAAUUCUGAGUGACAUAUGGUAGAUUUAGCUGUAGAGAUAUACCUUUGGAUCUUGUCUUGUUUACAAUGAAUACCAUCUGUGCUCGACUGCUGUAUCA